AUGCUGAGCGGGCUCAGCUCCGGCGUGGUGCUGAGCCUGAUCGCCGUGCUGUGGACGGUGGUAUGGCAGAACCUGCAGCUGCAGCAGUUCUUCGCGCGGCACCUGAGCCGGCACGCGCGGCGGCUGGCGGCGAUGGUGGACCCGUACCUGUCGGUGACCAUCGCCGAGUACGAGGGCCGGCGGAUGAAGCGCAGCGACGCGUACGAGGAGGUCAAGGCCUACCUCAGCGACGCCAGCGCCCGCGGCGUGCGCCACCUCCGCGCCGAGGGCGCCAAGGACGCCGACAAGCUCGUGCUCAGCAUGUCGGACGGCGAGGAGGUGGAGGACGAGUUCCAGGGCGCCAAGGUCUUCUGGGAGGCCUACUCCAAGCCGCCGCCGCGCUCGGACGGCGCCGCGGCGUUUUGGGGCGGCGGCGGCGCGCAGGAGGAGCGCCGCUUCUACCGCCUCUACUUCCUGGAGCGCCACCGGUCGCUGGUGCUGGAGACCUACCUCCCGCGCGUCCGCCAGCUGGGCCGCGCCGUCAUGGUGAAGAACCGCCAGCGGAAGCUCUUCACCAACAUCUCCACCAGCCAGUGGAGCCACGUGGCGUUCGAGCACCCCAAGACGUUCGCCACGCUCGCCAUGGACCCCGUCGAGAAGAAGAGGAUCACGGACGACCUCGACAUGUUCAAGAACGGGAAGGACUACUACGCGCGCGUCGGCAAGGCGUGGAAGCGCGGGUACCUCCUGUACGGCCCCGCCGGACAGGGAAGUCGGCCAUGA